AGCAUUUUCGGAACAGAGCGUCUAGAUUGGCACGGACGCUUUUCCACAAAAGCACUUAGGGUAGUUGUGGGUACUCAUGCCACUGGUUGAGAAACACUGAUCUAGUCUGAUCUCCUGCAAAAGGCAGGUCUGAGGGUUUUUUUUUUUUUUUUUUUUGCACAUUAAAUCUUGAAUUAACACUGUCAAACUCUUACAAUUGCAUUGCCAGGCUCAUGAUAUUAUGUGGGGGUUUUGUUGUUGUUUUGUUUUUGGUGUGGAGGCCCAAUUGCUGAAGUCGAUUAAAGAAGAAUACCACAAAGCUCUUACAGCAUGUUUUAAUAGCAGAUUUCAAAGCACUUCACAACACUUGAAUAUAUUGGCCUCAAAUCUCUGAAGUGGAGGAGUAGUUGUUUCACUUUUGUAGGUGGAGUGCUGUAGCAUAUAGAGAGUGCAUGAAUUAACCAAGGUUAUAUAGGAAGUCCAGUAUCUUGAACUCCAGUUUUUUAGGUUGUUUUUUAGGUUCAGUAGUUGUGCACUGGCCUAUCAACUAGGCAUAUAAAAUCCCAAUUAAUCAGUUAAAUGUUAUGUUUCAGUACUAUAUUUAACCAAUUAAACAGGGGUAGGUGGGGCCCUGCAGUAGCUCCCUGUUUGCAACUGGCUGUUCCAGCUUACUAGUAAAGGGUAAUCCGUAAGCCUCACUCAAGGGUGAUGCUUACCAGUUAACCAUUUAUGUUCCUACUACAGGUUGGACCUCUCUGGUCUAGCACUCUCCGGGCCUGACUGGUCCCAAAUGAGGAAAUUUGCAGGACUGGGGGAAGGUCUCCCUGCUGCUACCUUCCCAGCCUACUGCCAGCCAGGCUGCUGAGACCUAGCACUGCUGAGACCCAGCCGGGCUCCCUGGGUGGCUGCAGCUCAGGCUUCCGUGGCAGGUCCAGUAAUUAAAGUUAAAAUACCUAAGGAUAGAGAUGGUAAACCAAAGCAAUUUGCAUUUGUGAAUUUCAAACACGAAGAAUCUGUCCCUUAUGGAAUGAAUCUGCUAAAUGGGAUCAAACUUUUUGGAAGGCCUAUCAAAAUUCAGUUCCGAUCAGGAAGUAGUCAUGCAGCUCAAGAUGGCAAUUCAUCUUAUUCCCAGCAUGGUUCUGCUAAUGCAAGUCCUUCCAGCACACCACAAUCGACCCCAAAUUCUAACAGCAGAUAUGAUAGGAGCACAGAUAACAUGUUAGCAACUGGAUUCACAUCCUCGCAGAUGAUGCAGAGGUCCUUUUCAUCUCCUGAUAACCUUCAAAGACAAGCGAUGAAUAGUGGUACCUGGCAGCAGUCGCAAUACAGUGGAAAGUUUGGUUCUCAGCAUUCAGAUCAGUCAAGUUAUUCCUCACCAGGGCAGCAGCAGCACAGUUCAUUUAAUCAGUCGUCAGGCUCACAAAUGCAGCGGCGUCCAGAUGGAUCAUCAUCACAGCGCAAGAACAGGAUGAACUCCCAUCCUUACCAUACGGACGGCAGACACUUUAACCGUGAGCAGCGUUUUGGAGACUAUGGAUCUGAUCAUCAUUACAGAGGGAACAGAGAUGAUUAUAGCUAUGAAGACAGGAGUCAUGACCCUGGAUCUGAUCACUACUCCAGGGGAAAUAGGGAUGAGUACUGCUAUGAAGAUAGGAGCCAUGAUGGCUGGAGCCAUGACUAUAAUAGAAGAGAGAACUACAGAGAUGGCAAAUGGCGCCCAUCCCGGCAUUAGCCAGUAUUAAGAGUGGGCUCUAAAGAACUUUUCUAAUAAGUUUUAUGAGCACUCUUCUCCGGGUCUCAAAUUGAUUUUUAACUGAGUGUAUAGAGGAACAUCUUAAGUUACCUUUUUAAAAGAUAUAAAGUCACGUGCAUUACCUUUUUAAAAAACCUUCAUUUUUAUGGUAUUAACCUUUCACCUCAGGGUUUUAUGUAGAGAAAUGUGCCACAUCUUUAAAAAAAAAAAAAAAAGAGGUGAAGUUGUACAGCUUGGCUGUAUUCUAAAGAACGUGUAUUGAUAUCUUUGUAGUGGAAUUAAAAAUAGCAUCUGCAACAGGUCUGGAGGUAGUCCCAUUAAACAGUUUCCUUAGAGUAUGAUAUAUGUGGAAGUUGAAAUAUUGAAGAGUGUCUUUGUACCAAAAUAAAUGUUGCUUUUGAAGUUGUAUUGAAAAAUAGUAUUCAGUGUAAUUGCCCGGUACAAUCUGUGGAUAAAACAAAUUCAGUGUUUUGAGUUCUUGUAUUUAAGGACUUCUUAAUUUGUUCACCUUUGUUCUGAUAUUGGGUUUUUAAAUUAUAAUUGUUCAAAAUUAUGUGAAGUAAUCUAAAAUGAUAAACAAUUUCUUCUAUGUAACUAAAACCACUCAGGAACUGACUGCAUCCCUUGAAGUAUAUUGUCUGUAUUUUAGAAAAUCUGAAUUUAGCCUGUACCUGUUGAUGUAAAGAAUUUUUAAUUCACAGAAGAAACGGAUGCUUUUUAUAAAAUAUUUUAAAAUGUAUGCCCCUCAUUUGUAUGUAAUAUUACUUAAAAACAGUUGUUUAGCUGUUAAAUCAGUUGUUAAAUAAUUAUGGUCUGAUUGUGCAACAGAGUACAGAAGUAAUAGGAGUUGAUUUUUUUUUUUUCCUUUCGGGUUAGUAACCAAGAGGCUGUUAGUCUUACAGCAUUCCACGUGGACUCCAUUCCACUAGUUUAAAUAAUUCUAUUCUGGUGCUCAACUCGCAUUUAAUAUAUGUGUUCCUGUGUUUCAGUAUAGCCCAAAACUUUUAUAAAAGCAUACUGAGUGAAGGGUUUCAUAGAAUUGCUGAGAGAAACUUUCCAGUGAAGCUAUUUUUCUUCAGUUUGAAUCUGUCUUUCUCCUCCAGAGCUAGUGAUUCUCAAACUCAUGGUAGAGUAGAGUAAUAAUUAGAAAUACAGAACCAACUGGAGGGCUUACUGAAGUGUCUGACUUUCAGAUGUUUGAUUUUUAAAUGUCUUUUACAUAAGAGAUAUUCUAAGAGUCACGUGGACUUGCUCAAAGCCAAACUAGUAAGAUUAAGGAUAAUAGAAUAAGCAGUAUUGUCAGGAAAGGAAAGAAUAGGUACAAAAUCUUUUCCUGAAAUUUUUGAAUGAAAGACCUUUUUGCUAAGGACCUUAGUCUUAUAUACAGUUUAGCAGUGGAUGACAAGUUGCAAUACUGAGAUGUGGAGACUGCACUCUAGAUUAAUAGUUCAAAUCUACUUAGCCUCUAUAAAUGCAGGAUUUACACAGCUACAGAAUUGGUAUUCACAUCCACAUCUGCCAAAAGAUCCAUGACUGCAGAUAAAAAGCUGUAUCAGCGCUCUUGCAGGGUUUUAAAUAAAAAAUUUCUAUCUGUAUCUAUAAAAAUGAACAGUGGGUAGGUGUGGAUUAGCCGGGCUCUAUCGAUAAAAUCCUUUAAUAGUCUUCUAGACUUUACCUGGUCUCAUAUUAAUUGUCAUACUCCUUAAUCACCAACAUACCUAAAUGAAGCAUGUUCCAUAAAGUUUCCCUUCAGAUCAGACAGAGCUGUGUGUUUGAGAAUGUAUACUAUUUUGUGACUAAGGAUGAUUUUAAUCUAACAUUAGGCUCCAUUUUUUACUAAAUUCUAUCCAACUACAAUAAAAUAUUACAAGAAGGUAUGCAAGGUGCAAAUGGUAUCAAGACAUGUAACUUUAAUGCUGUGAACCUGUUAUCCUGUUUUCUGUUCAUGUGUAUGCCAUAGCAAUGAGUAAAGCCUGCAACCUCUGAAGCAAAGAUGCAGCAAUUGAUGAAUAAUAUGGUAUUUAACAUUUCAUUGAAUGAUGAUGGAUUGGAAGCGUUUAAAAAAAUUCUGGCAGAAACCCAUUCGUUAUUUGAGAAGUUAUCUUCGAAAGACUCCAUUCUUAAUUUUAGAAAGGUCAACCCAUUUUGGCUUGGAUUUUAGGAGUUUUUUUUUAAUUUAGGGGUGUAUAUUAGCUACUCCACAAAGCUGACACUACCAUGGUUUAUUAUGUUAAUAUCAGAAGUCCUAGCCAUUUGGAAAUAGUAACUAUUUGCUAUCUCCUUUUCCCUACCAGGUACACAACACUUAAGUUGACUUACUAUUCCACUGAAUCUAAUAAAUGUGCAAAGAAUGAAACAUCAAUUUAAUUCAUCUCUUCUUUCUGUGUAGUAGUAGUUAUAGAAAGUUGAGCUGUUCACAUACUGAUUUAGCCUGACCAGUUUUGCUCUCUGAAUAAGUUGUUGUGAAUAAUUUUCAGAACAGGUGCCGUGAAUAUAAUUUGAACCUGAAUGAGCUGCAGGGAAGCCAGAAAACCGCAUCUUGCUUUCUAACUUGGGAUAUGAGAAAUAGAAAUUAUUUUCUAAAUAAAAAGUGAUUGGUUUUAGCUGAGUAAAACUAGGUGUUUUCAUCCUGUCACAAUUUCAGAACAUUUGUUUUGGCAGGAAAAACACGAAGUUUGUCAGGAUGCGGAUGUUUUUGUUUUUUCUUUCUUUGUUUUUUUUCUCUCUACUAAUUCAUCAUGUUCUAUAAAUCACAUUUUAAUGGAAACUUUAGGAUAGCACAUGGGAAACUAAUUGCUCUGAGAGUGCUGACUCCCUUAUUGUAGUACCUGCAAACUAGUAUUUCUGCAUUCUGGAAAAAUAUUUUUUUAAACUGUUGCUAAAUUGACUCUUUUUACUGGGAUAACUAAGUUUUGAUGGGAAAAGCACAUGAUUUAUUAAAAAACUGACUUGUAUUUUGUCUUAAUGUUCUUUUUACUUAAAAAUGCCAGUAGUAGUCACAGCUAAUGAGAUCUAGUAGCAAAAUAUUUUCAUAAACCAGAUUUUAAUAGAUAUGAUGAUGUAACAAUUUCAUAAACAUUCGGGCCCAGAUUUUACUAUGAAAAAUAUUUUCUAUAAUUUUUUCACCUUCUGUUUCAUGAGGCAUUUUAUGACUUGCAAUAUUUGACUGCAAUAGUAGAAGAAAACUGUUUAAAACAUAUCAAAACAUCGUUUUAAUUUAGAUAUUAUUCUGCAGCAUACUCAUUGAAAUUAGAAAUGUAAAAAUUAAAGUACCAUUGAUAUUUUAUCAUGAACUGCUUGUAAAUCACCCGGAUUUUAAGCAUCAAGUGUGAAUAAGUGUCAUUUUACAGUGCCGGGGCCAUUAAGUUCAUGUGGGAAAUACAACAGUUUUGAGUUUGUUUUAAAACUUAAACAUUUGAAAUUAUCAAAAGUUGGUAUAAUUGACUUUUUAAACUUCUAAUGUUUGUUUAAAAUGCAUUGCCUUCUGAAACAUUGUUUUGAAAUAAAUGGUUUUUUUUAAA